AUGGGCAAUUAUAAAAUUUUAAUUUGGCAUCUUACGGUAGUUUUCCUUGUUAAUGUUUUUAUAAUAAGACAUAGCGAAACAAAUAAUUUAAUUGAACAAGAUUUAACUGAUUAUGGAGCUCUACUAUCUGCUCGACAAUUUGAAGAUGGAAAAAUGUUAAUAGCUACUAUGAAUGGAAGUGCUUACCUAUUAUAUCUCAUUUAUCAAAACGGAAGUAUCAUCCCCGUAAACUAUAAUCAUUCUAUAAGUAGUCCAGAUCUUAUUCUUAUGGACUUUAAACCUUUAACAACAGAUCAUGUACUUAUGAUUUAUGAUUCAACAAAUUAUUCGUCAAAAAAACGUACUUUGCUCGGAAUUAUUAUAAAUCUAAAUUCACAUGGCAAAGUGACAGUGACAGACAAUAUUACUUUAAUGUAUCAAUAUAACGGAACUCAGCAUAACGGAACUAAGGAUUAUACUGUUACUGACUAUAGCAGCAUUUCACAAAGUUUUGUAUUUACAUAUAGAACAUAUGAUCCUAAAUUUUGGUAUAACAUGAAUAAUUAUCUAAAUUGGACCAAAUAUAAAUUCUCGCAAAGUGAUGGCACUGCUACGCCAAUAUCAAAUGGAAUUAUUAAGCUAAGAAAUGGAUUUGAUUUAAAAAACCAUGAUGCAUUUACUACUAUCGAUGGUCAUCAU